AACAGGGUUGAUGGUAUCCAUAUGGAUUCUGACAGCAAGAACAUACAGGAAUUGGGUCAUAUAAUUGUUUAUUUUAAACAAGAAUGACAGAACAAACAAACAGACAUAAAAGGAAGGUCACAGGGACACAAACAAAUUGAUCAAAAAUCUCUGGUCAUAUUCAGUAUGAUUGAUUUAGCAGCUCUGGUUUGGCUUAUUCCACAAACACUAAAUAGUGAACAACACCUAAACAGAACUAAUGUUCAUUUAUUUGAGUAGCAAUGAACUCACAAUGCAUUCAUUAACGACAUCACUCUACUGCAAAAUCAGGUCCAAACCUGCAACCCAUCACCAUGAACAAUGACCCAUUAAGAGGCUGUUUAUAAACUGCUCAUACAGAAAGCUCAAAGUCAUCACACAGAUAAUGUAAACAAAUAUAAAAGAUGUCCUAAUAUUCACAUUGUGUGAAAAAUGUGAGUAUUAAGUGAGAAAUAUGCAGUGUGUAGCAUUGGCGCAUUUAGAACCUUUUCAGGAUGCUCAACCACUCUAAAAGCAACAUGGCCUUUUAAUGUUACAUUUUCCAGACUUCUCUGUUGGAGAUCGUACAACAGAUUACAGUGAAAUCAAGUCCAGUGUUCUUGAUGUCAUGUUGCUAUUAGUGCACUCACACAGAGGAGCUGCAUGAGAGACGGGGAUGGAAAGGGUUAGAGGUAGAGAGCAAAAUCAAACAGGUGAGAGGCGGCGUGUAGUCAAAGACAGCAAAAGCUGUAGCUUCUGUUUUGCCCACAUAAAUUGAUGAUGAUUUCAUGAUCUAAAGUUUGUGCAAGUGCAAGUUUCUCCUCUUUUUCUGCUUUGCUACAAAUUUUCCUUUAACUUACUUUCAAAAGUUAUAUUAAGAACUGUGAUCAUUUAUUCAGAAUCAUUCUUCAUGCAUAGUGGUCACCAAUGUCCCUCUAAUUUUUCAUGUGUCUGAGUGAACACACUAACUGCCUGAGCGAUCCCUUGGAUCACUGUGAGCAACAGUAGACAUGUGCACUGUGGUCACGCCAGCAUCGAAUCCAUCCAAGUUAUAUGGUUUAUUAAAAUAAUCAAAUUACAGCAUUUACAUUUAUGUUAGACUACUUUUAAGUAACUGCUUUAUCCCAUUUACAAUGAAAAUUUUAAAAAAAAUCUUGUUCAUGACCUGUGGUAAUAUGUUAACACUAUUAGAAGUAAAAAUAACUUGAACUCCAAUUUUGAAAACAAAACUUUUUUUUUUUUUUUUAUAAAGCUCUGACUUGUAUUAUUAGUAUGAGUCUGUGGUCUGGGAGAGAGUCCUGUAACUCUCUGUCUGCAAAAUACAGUAAAUAAUGACCAAUGUUGGGCAUUUAAUUAUAUAGUUACUUCUUCAAAAUGUUACUGAGUUAUACAAACAACAAAGUUUUUUUGCAGCUGUUUACCUAAAAAUGCAGCCAAGGCGUUUUUUUAAAUAAACAUUUCAAACUAUUUACAGAACAAUCAGGUGUUCUGCAUCAAAUUUGAUGCCACACAAAUCAUUUGUGCCACUCCAAAAAAUAAAUUCUGUCCACUAUGAGAUAAAGGAGAACAUCACAGCCUGAUACCUGCAGGCCUGACAACAGGAGAUGUAUCACUCCUGUAACACCUGUAACAUUCAGCAGUCGCCUCAUUGUUCUGACACACACAACAAAACUAUUGACUACACUACACACUAACUACACAAGAUUUGUGCUAAACGUCGCAAAUCUCUCACAUCUCAAAACACGCCAUCACUCCUAAAACUUCCCCCUUCCUAAACAACUAAAUGCCAUGUUGCCAUAUCAUUUUUUGAUUGGCCGACAUGGUACAUGUUUUCGACCAAUAGGAAAGGGUGGGGGUUUUUUGGUUUUGUUUUUGUUCACAGGCGGAGAGUGCUUUCGAGCAUUUUCCUUAUAAAACGCCGUUUUUACCAUUUUUUCCCGCAGUAAAUAUAAACAACAAUAGUAUUCAGGAAGAAAACCAAACAUUGCAUAUAUUUUUCUCAUAACUCCGGUUUUACGUGUCCUAUCAACACAAUUUAAAAACUGGUAUAAAGUCCACACUUUUUCCGUCAAUUGUUCCGUCUGUCCUGCUCACAUAUCCAAUACACGUUGUCAUUAACGUGGCUUCACUCCACAUCAGCCACGCUGCUUUGCUAGCUAAAACACCGGUGUCGGCACAUAAGGACGCUGUCAUAGCCUGUCAACAACGUUGAUUAGCAUACGACUGUGAAUCGCAUUACUGGCUGGACUAUGGGAUAAGGUGGCAUCGUUCUAAUCCCAUACGGGAGCAGCCAGUCACUUACUGACUAAGACUGCAAAACAGAAUUGUUAAAGUAUUAAUUUUAAUUUCAAUUCAGGUAGAUUUUUUCUUGUGCACAACGCAGAUUUUCUGUGCGCAGAGACCGUGCCAGCAGUGCGCAAUUGCGCACGCACGCAUCUUAGAGCAGCGGUCCCCAACCCCCGGGCCUCGGACUGGUACCGGUCCGUGAGUCGUUUGGUACCGGGCCGCGAGAGUUGAGGCUCAGGUGUGAAAUGUAUGGUUUUCAGGGUUUUUAUCGGUUUUCAGCAUUAUCGUUUUUAUCAUUAACUCGGUUUUCCUGGGUCUUUUCACGUGUGUUAUGAAUAAAUCUUCUUUUUAUCGGUACCGGCACUAGUUUUAUUUUGUUGUAUUUAUCCGCGGCACCUUAUUGCCGGUCCGUGAAAAUAUUGUCGGGCAUAAACCGGUCCGUGGCGCAAAAAAGGUUGGGGACCGCUGUCUUAGAGGGAACAUUAGUGGUCACUAUAGUGGACAGCUAUUCAAAGGCUGUUUGUAUUCGUGUCAGUGUUGAUGGCAUACUUGCACAUAAACCACUACAUUGGACACUGAUGUGUCACUUCAUACCAAAUUAAGUCAAAAUGUAGGUUGUCCACCUAAGUGGACAUGUAACAAACUCUUUGAAAAGUAUAUGUUUAAGAAAAUGAAGUUCAAAAAUCUUUUUUUCAUACCUAAAGAUGACUAAAAAUACUUAAGAAAAAAAUCCUGAUUCAGGUUGUCAUAAUUCAUGCAUGAAAGGGUUAAACACUGCAGUAGGUAAUCCAAAAAAUAGAUUGCUUUUGGAUAUGUUUUAAUGUUUAUCCUGUGAAAUUUAGGUCUGCAAAGGUGAAAAUUAUGAAAUAUGUUUACAAGCAGCAUAAUACGUUAAUAUAAUUGUAAGGCAAAUAUGAACGACGUUAUGACUGGGGGCUGAGGCCUCCUAGUGGUUUGAUCCUAUGAUCGCCCCUGGUGUGUGGCUAAUUGUCCCAGAUGAACAAGGCGACUGAUCAUAAGAGUGCAAUUCUCUUCUUUGCCACAAGAAGUCACUGCCGGGAAAAAAUGAGUAUGGUGCAACAGACCCCUGCUUGUGUGAGAGCACUGCAGUCUAAGAUACCGAGAGAACGAGGACCCGAGUCAUUUUCUUGUCCUGUCAUAAUCAUAUCGGACAUGGUCGGGAGGUAUGACUGAGAGCGGUGCAUAGUUACAAGGUUUAUAAAGAAAAACUGAAGCCGCUCAAAAAGAAGACGAUAAGAUAGAUUGUGGGGGUUCAGUCAGCCUACACGGCUGAGCACACUUACCUGGCAAAAAUUAGAAGUCCUUUCGACCAACGGCCAGCAAUCUACUUGGCCAUUCAAUCUUGACAUUUUCUCACUGCACGAGUGCACAGGUAUAGGUACAUUUAACUGAAGCAAAUCAGCCUGUAGCGAGAUGGUGACAGCUAAAGUGGACAAGAGUAAAAGCAGGUUUUCAGUGGUCGAAAAAGAGAACACCAACCCAAAACAUUAGCUAAAUACCCGACUUCCUGCAGUUCAAUGAAAUAAACUAACCUCAAGAGUGAAUCUAUAAUUGUAACCGCAUCGAUAUGUCGUGGUGCAGCCAGUGAGGCUGCUGCUACUCCUGCAUUAUCUUGUUAAACAGGUCCACCCACUGAAGCGAUAAGCCUCACAGUAAAAACGAACACCACGAACGGCAUAAUCAUCAUGUUUAUAACUGAUAGCACAACCAACAGGCCUAUUAAUUAAUUGUAGAACUUAGAUUUUAAAUCAGAAUCCACGGACUGAUUACAAAAGCGUACUGAUUUAAUUUAGCUCAUAUAUUUUUCAUAUGAAAUUGCAAUCAGAAAGACAGUGAAUUAUAAAGUAAAUAAACACAAGCAUAUAUACAUAUGUAUGUAUGUACAAUAAAAAGUUAUUAUUGGCCGCCAUAAACAUGAAACAAUAGUUUUUGAGUAAAGGCAAGUGGAACAUAUGAAAUCAAAGGUUUAUUUAUUCAGAACUACUUAUUACGGGAAAUAUUUUUGAUAUAAAUUGAAUGUAUACCAAUCAAGUACAUUUUUUGACCAAAUUCCAUUACAUAUAGCGUUUGACAUGUAUGUAAGAAAACUAUAUGGAAAAUUUACAUUUAAUCAAAUUACUUGAAUUCAACAUUUUGGACAUAAAGCUCUUUUGAGUGUACAUAAAAUAUUGCAAUGGCAGUUACUAAGUUAUAUUUACAUUUCUUAUAUUUUCUUGUAGUUUGGGGUAAAACUAAAUAAAAGCUUUAACCUCCAGUUAAUAAGGAGUAUGAUUUGUGAGGAUAAACACUUGUUUAAUUAGUAGUGGAGGUUAUUUAUAGACCCUUACCAUCCCUCAAGAGCGCAUUUCCAGUGCGGGGCAAAUCUGAAACGAUAAGAUAUUUGGCUUGUACACAAGAUCCCAUAUGUGUUUCUUAGCAGCCAGUUAAUUCAUAAAGGCCGAUUUUUAACGUCCAAGCAUUACCAGCAAGUCCAAGCAUUACCAGUUUGAGCAGGCGAAAUCCGAGGGUUUCACGAGCUGUUUUUUACGUUUCAAUUGGAUGGCCGUGUGAAAUAUAAUUCUGAUUGUUUCGUCCGAUAUUAUAGAACACCGUGAGACUUUGGUUUCGUGUUUAUCUCAUGCCAGCUGUUACAUAUCUUUUGGAAUCCUUCCAAACGCCUAAAGCAUUAUCUUUAAGGGGGGCUGGGUGUGCCUGUGUUCAACUGCAUCUAUAAAACCCCUCUGUUUGCGGCGAACGCGGCAUUGAACUUGGAAAAAAAAUCAAGAGGCGAGAUGAGUCUUUCCGCUAAGGACAAGGAGACAGUCAAGGCCUUUUGGGCCAAAGCGUCGGGAAGAGCGGAAGACAUUGGCAGUGAAGCUAUCGCCAGGAUGCUGACAGUGUACCCUCAGACCAAGACUUACUUCUCCCACUGGAAGGACCUGAGCCCCGGCUCUGCCCCGGUGAAGAAGCACGGAGGAAUCGUGGUAGCUUCAAUAACCGAUGCCGUGAACAAAAUCGACGACCUGGCAGGGAGUCUUCUUACCCUCAGUGAGCUGCACGCUUUCACUCUGCGAGUGGACCCUGCAAACUUCAAGAUUCUUGCUCAGAACAUCCUGGUGGUUCUGGCCACCAUAUUCCCCGUCGACUUCACCCCUGAGGUCCAUAUGGCUUUAGACAAGUUCCUGGCUGCCUUGGCUCGUGCUCUGUCUGAGAAAUACCGAUAAAUUGCAUACUGGGGGCGACGAGCGGCAGGGACUCAGAUAGCUACUCACUACCAGUCUGAAUCUGAAUAAAUCAAAUGCAAUGAAACUGCUUUGUUUGUUUGGCUUUUUUU